AUGAAAAAUUUUGCAGUUUUAAAACUUUUUAUUGGAAUUUUUUCAAAAGUAGAGUUUGUCUCGUCAAUUCAGAGUUUAUUGAAAAAUUUGGAUAAUCCGGUUCGGAUUACGGCAAUGAUUUGCUGGAACUACAGUACUAGGAUUAAAUUUACGUCAAGAUUUUUAAAAUCUAAAUAUUUUAAUGAAGAACGAUCGCAUCAAUUUGCUAUCACAGAAUCAAGGAUUGAAAAUUUUCCUCAAGUAAUCGAAGAGCAUCAACAAUUAAUUAUUGUGGAUUUGGAUUGCAAAAAUACUCAAAAACUUUUGCAGGAUGUUGGAUACAAAAUCACCCGUAGAUUUAAAUGGAUUGCUUUGAGUGAGUUUUAUGAGUCGGAUCAUAAAAAUUUAAAAGAAAUUUUAAAUAAAUUGCCAAUCUUAACAAAUAGCGAAUUUUAUUGUGUUCUGAAAACUCUCAGCAAUAAGGAAGAGACUUCUUUAGGUGCGAACAAUCGAACUGAGAAGGAAUUUGAGUUUUCUAUUUUUCAAGUUAUUGCAGUUUAUAAGCCUGCACUUGAUAAAAGCUUAAUUUUUGAAAAUUUAGGAAUUUUUGCUAACAAUAUCCUAUUUGUUCAACGGAAAGUUAAAGAAUUGUCAAUAAGAAGAAGAAAUUUACAGCAAACAAAGUUAAGAGCCUCUUUAGUAGUAACUAAUAAUGAUACUUUUAAACAUUUGGAGGAUUAUAGAAAUCGGCACAUCGAUACGAUCAGUAAAGUUUGUUAUUUUCUUACAAAUUAUUUAUCGGAUUUUGUAAAUGGAACCUUGGAGUAUAAAUUUGUGAAUUCUUGGGGUUAUAAAGAUGAAAAUACAAGUAAAUGGAGUGGAAUGAUUGGUGAUUUAACAGAAAAUCGUUCGGAUAUUGGAGCUUCAGCAUUAUUUUAUACACCAGAUCGGAUUAAAUAUAUUGAUUAUAUAGCAAUGCCCACACCUACAAGAUCAAAAUUUGUUUUUAGAUCUCCAAAAUUAUCAUUUACGGAAAAUGUGUACUUGUUACCGUUUGAUAGGUUUGUCUGGUAUUCUCUAUUUGGAUUGAUGGCCGUCACAUCAAUUGUUCUUUUAUCUGUUACUUGGAUUGAACGUAAAAUAAUUAUAUCUGAUAAUCAGAUCGAGAACGACUCGUUUGUAUUGAGGCCUUCGCUUUUAGAUGUAUUUAUAGUAGUUUUUGGCGCAAGUUGUCAACAAGGUUCCGCUGUUGCACCGAUGACUUUCUCAGCACGAUUGGUUAUGAUGUUAACAUUUAUUACUCUGAUGUUUUUGUAUACAAGUUACUCGGCAAACAUAGUCGCGCUACUUCAAUCUCCAUCGAAUAGAAUAAAAACGCUGGAAGAUUUGUUGAAUUCAAGAUUAAAAUUAGCAGCUGAUGACACUGUUUUCAAUCAUUACUAUUUUCGGCAUGCUACAGAAGAAACUCGUAAAGCGAUAUAUGAGAAAAAAAUUCUUAAUCAUGAUGGCACUGAGAACUUUUUACCAAUUGCUGAUGGAAUUGAAAAAAUUCGUAAUGGAUUAUUUGCGUUUCAUUUUGAAACAGGAGUAGGAUAUAAACUCUUAGAAGAAUUAUUUUUAGAGGAUGAAAAAUGUGGUUUACAAGAAAUUCAAUAUUUACAAGUUGUUGAUCCAUGGUAUUCUAUACAAAAGAAUUCAUCAUAUAGAAAACUAUUUAAAAUUGGUAUGAUGAGAAUAAAUGAACAUGGACUACAACAACGUGAAAACUUUGCUUUAUAUACGAGAAAACCAAAGUGUGUCAGUCGUGGUGGUAACUUUAUAACAGCUAGUUUAGUUGAUACAAAACCUACAUUGUUAGUAUUGCUGUGGGGUUAUUUGAUAGCUUUUAUAAUAUUGUUGAUUGAACGUAUUCUUCAUAAGAUUCACUCAAAAAUUCAAAAUUAUUUGCAAUAA